CAGUGCACUACAUACUUACCCACUUCAAGGGAGUCUGGAACAUUGUCAAUAACAUUCCCUUCCUGCGAAAUUCAAUCAUGAGAUACGUGCUGACAUCCAGAUCACAUUUGGUUGACAGUCCUCCAACUUACAACUCGGACUUUGGCUACAAAAGCUGGGAAGCCUUCUCUAACCUCUCCUACUACACCCGAGUCCUCCCUCCUGUGGCCGAUGACUGCCCCACUCCCAUGGGUGUGAAAGGGAAGAAGGAGCUUCCUGAUUCAAAUGAGGUUCUGGAAAAAGUUCUUCUAAGAAGAAAGUUCAUCCCUGACCCCCAAGGCACAAAUAUGAUGUUUGCCUUCUUUGCCCAGCACUUCACCCAUCAGUUUUUCAAGUCAGAUCCGAAGCGUGGACCUGCUUUCACCACUGGACUGUCCCAUGGGGUGGACUUAAGUCAUGUUUAUGGUGAAACCCUGGAUAGACAGCAUAAACUGCGCCUUUUCAAGGACGGAAAAAUGAAAUAUCAGGUCAUUGACGGAGAGAUGUACCCUCCGUCAGUCAAAGACACCCAGGUGCAGAUGAUCUACCCACCCCACACCCCUGAGCACCUGCGCUUCGCGGUGGGCCAGGAGGUCUUCGGCCUGGUGCCCGGUCUGAUGAUGUACGCCACCAUCUGGCUGCGGGAGCACAACAGGGUGUGCGAUGUGCUCAGACGGGAGCAUCCGGAGUGGGAUGACGAGCGCCUGUUCCAGACAAGCAGGCUAAUAUUGAUAGGAGAAACGAUAAAGAUUGUAAUUGAAGACUAUGUACAGCACUUGAGCGGUUAUCACUUCAAACUGAAGUUUGACCCAGAGCUGCUUUUUAACCAACAUUUCCAGUACCAGAACCGCAUUGCUUCUGAGUUUAACACGCUCUACCACUGGCAUCCCCUUCUGCCUGACACCUUUCAAAUCCAUGACCAAGAGUACAACUUUCAGCAGUUUCUCUACAACAACUCUAUGUUAGUGGAACACGGACUUACCCAGUUUGUUGAGUCAUUCACCAAACAGAUUGCUGGCAGGGUUGCUGGCGGUAGGAAUGUUCCACUUGCGGUACAAAAGGUGGCAAAGGCUUCCAUUGACCACAGCAGAAACAUGAAGUACCAGUCUCUGAAUGAGUACCGCAAACGCUUUUUGAUGAAGCCCUAUGCCUCAUUUGAAGAUCUUACAGGAGAGAAGGAAAUAGCUGCAGAGUUGGAAGGCCUCUACGGAGACAUCGACGCUAUGGAGCUGUAUCCCGCCCUCCUGGUGGAAAAGCCUCGGCCAGACGCUAUCUUCGGGGAGACCAUGGUGGAAAUGGGAGCUCCCUUCUCCUUGAAAGGACUCAUGGGUAACCCCAUAUGCUCGCCGCAGUACUGGAAGCCGAGUACUUUUGGAGGAGAAGUAGGUUUUCAGAUCAUCAACACCGCCUCCAUCCAGUCUCUCAUCUGCACUAACGUGAAGGGCUGUCCUUUCACGUCGUUCAGUGUUCCCGAUGCAGAGCUCGCUAAAACAGUCACCAUUAACGCAAGCGCUUCGCACUCCAGACUGGAGGACCUCAACCCCACGGUGCUGCUAAAACGACGUUCGGCAGAGCUGUAGGAGCCGGUCACACGCAAACCUCAGCUCAGGAC